AUGUCAUACCGAGAUCCAUACACAGGUCACUAUGCCGCGGGCGUCAGCUCACAAUAUCAAAAUAAUCAGCAAGGAUAUCCCGAGCCAGCGCAAGAGUAUCCCAACGUCUACCCUUCGCACCAUACAUAUGACAGCACCGGCCCAGACCCAUACAACCCUUACACCACAAGUAAGCAAGGGUACAGAGACGAUCGUGAGGCAGCGGACAUCCAGUACGAUUACGGCUAUGGAUACAGCGAGAACGCAGCUGAGAAUUACGGCUACCCUCCGGUUCAGAGGUCGGGGACGCAGAAGUCGAGGGUUUCGCGGAAGAGCAAACCAUCUGUCUCUGUGGUCCCUGUACGCAAAGAGGGCAGUGGUUUCGAGCAGGGCGAGUUCACGCCGCAGCACCGGACUAGAAAGGCACGUACACCGCGGGCGUUGAGAGAGUAUCGGUAUGAUCACCAGGGGAAUCUAUGGACGAAGGGAGGCGGAGGGCGCUGUGCGGGAAGAGUUUGCUUUUGCACGCUGCUGACAACUCUUUUCUUGAUUAUCAGCAUUGUCCUCUCUCUUGCUCUUUGGAUCCGCCCACCAAGCAUCAAGAUCGGAGAGGUUGAGACCAUGACUACGAACGGCAGCCCUAUUCAACAAAUAACGAAUGGCAUUCAAAUUGACUUCGGCGUAGACAUUUCAGUGAACAAUCCCAACUACUUCUCUGUGGACUUUAAGAAGAUCCAAGCUGAGAUUUUCUACCCCAUUGACGACACCCCCGUCGGAGGAGGAACCGCCUCAGAAAUUGUCAUCAAAUCCGACGCCCAAACGAACUUUACAUUUCCGUUCUCGUUAGUAUACACCAGCACCGAAGAUCCUCAAAGUAGAGUUAUCCUCGAUAUUGCACAAAAGUGCGGCGUCAUUGGUGGGACGCGCAGCCAAAUCACCGUCAACUAUAAAAUCACGCUCGGCAUCCGCAUCAUACUCGUUACGAUUUCUCCUGUAAUAUCGAAUUCAUUUCGCUUCGACUGCCCGCUGCAGGCAUCAGACAUCAGUAAAUUCCUUGGCGGGGCCAUUGGUGGUUAA